AGAUCCUCCGCCAAAUGCCACGUCGUUGAUGUGUGAGAAACGAGUAGAAAAAGACAACAUCAUAGAGGACGAAGAAGACAACGAAUGGCGACAACACGGGCGGCCACUUUCUCUGCGAAGAUCCGCACGUUGUCCGAAUUCCAAAUCCGACUAUCCACAAAUCAGCAGCCACCGUCGAAUGCGGAAAUCAUCACAACGCUUAGAUAUUUUCAACAAACACUUAUCGGGUUUCUCAAAGACUUUCCAUCAACACAAACAAACUACUGUGAACGGUUUUCAUCAGACGCGGCACGAUGGAAUCUAUAUCCAAAUCUCAAUUAUUCGGCUCUUUACUAUGCAAUAGUCAACCUUUUAGACGUUUUCCCACUUAUCACAAGUCAACCACAAGCAAUAGGAGAAGCAAUUCUAGACACAAUAAAAGCGUUGAUGAUAUUUUUGGAACGGGAAUCAUUAGAACAACUGCCUUUACUUUUAGCCAGUCAGUUGGGUAUUUUUCCAAGGGAAUUGGAUAAGCAGAUUGUGCAUCUCCUUGCUGAUUGUGUCUUUCCAUUUGCAAUAAAUGACGAGACAUAUGUGAAAUACAGUGUUCCCGGUGUAUUAAUGCUGGUUUUACAACAAACACAUGAUCCCAGUUUACACACAUGGAUCGUCGAAUCUGCAAUGAAUUGUUCACAAGGAGUAUAUCAAGAUCUUCUUCAAGUGAUUGCAAAAGGAACGUGUGAAAGCAGGGUUGCAGCUGCCAACUUGCUUUUUCAUUACUGGCCUUUUCCGAAUCCACAGAUUUUGCAUAGGAAAACUAUUCAGUACCGAGUACAUGCUUGGCGAACAGUUCAAUGUCAAUCCACAGGAUGCUCUGAUAAAACUGCAAGUGUGAAAAGAUGUUACGACCCAGUGAUAUGCGCUGAUGUUGCCGAUACUUCUCCGCCGAUAUUUCUAUGUCGGAAAUGCGCGGAACAAGUGACCGGAGAACGAAAAGUCAUAACUCAACACAUCGCUCAACCAAUGCCUGCUUCAAACGCCACGUGUCAACGACAAGAGUGUCAGUCUCAAUCACGACUCGCAGUGACGAUAUGCUGUUCACAUGAGUGCACGAGAGGACAUAAUCACGUACCGAUGAGAUUAUGUAUGGACUGUAGUACAUUAGUACAUGAAGAAGGGACUAUUAAACAUUUACAACAUCAAGGAAGUGGGGUUGUAUGGUCAACAGAUGAUCAAUGGCCAACGGUUGAAAGUAUUGUAAAGUUAUUAAGGGAAACUACAAUGUUUGAAGGAAAUGAAGGAGAAGGCAAGAAGCCGAAAUGGUUGAGGCAGUUGGAUGGGGGAACAUCUAUGGGAAAAGAGAUCGAUAAAAUGGCUGACGAACGUCGAAUGUUAAGUAGAUUCGGAGUGUGGUUAAUGGCUGGUCUAUGUCCUCCAAAUGAAUCAGCAGAUCCUCGUGCAAUUGGGUAUAUUAUGCAAAAUGUAUUCGAGUGGUUCUCAACAACAGCUCUUCUUCCAAAUGAUUCAAUGGGUGCAUCCCUAGAACAAUUAAAAACGGAUUUUGUAUCUGAUUGGAUCAAUAUUGGAAUGCGUGUUCAUAAUGCUGUAUUCAUAUCAAGUCUAUGUGGUGAAUGUGAAGAGCAAGAUGGGCGGCCUGUAAUCGAUCGAAUAAAAGAAGGAUUGGGACGACUUCUAGCAUUGAUGCCCUAUGACGUCAUUAGUCUAGAGACAUGGUCACGUGUAAUGCCACGUUGGUUGGAAGCAAUUGUCAAUGAUUGUACAGAAGAUAAUCAACCGGAACUCAAGAUUCUUCUCUGUAAGAUUUUUGAACCGGAUUUGUGUCCACUUCCGUUUGAAACGAAAGAAGUUUAUGGAUUUAUGACUGGAAGAAUUGGUGGAGAUGAUUAUGAUGAAAUGUUUAAUGCAUUGCAAUGGAUUCAUCAACUUUCCCGUUUGGAUAUCACAAUACCCCUGAACAUGAUUCUUGAACAUUUCAAUCGAUGCUUACAAAAACUACGAACAAUCGAGAUUCCACCACUUUCUGAAAAUGAUUUGGAAGAAGAAGAAAUGUCAGUGCAUGUGGUCCUAGUAGAUACACUGGUGCUCCAGAUGAAGCUCAAUGAUUCUGAUCGAUCAAUGACACCUGCCCUCACAGAUAAACUUUUUGAAUGUAUGCAGCUAUUAGUAUCAAUUCCAAUACGCGCGGUGCCACAUUCCUGUCAUGAUCCAGAGUUGGAUGGGUUUGCAGAUUGUCAGCAAUGUCAGCAAACAGCAUUUGUGCAUCAAAUGGUGAUGAAUAUUACGCAGAAAGUGUGCCCAAAGCGGGAAGUUGCAAUUAUUACCACCGUCGACGAGGAUCCAAACUAUGAUGAACAGACGACUGACACGCCAACUGGUCCUGGAAGUACAUUAUUAUCACCUUUAACUGAGUCGGGAAGCAAAGGAACAUCUCCGGGAACGUCUGCUCCGUCAAGGCCAUUUCCAGAACAUCUUCAAGCUCAAACGAUGUGUGUUGCUCAGGCUUGUGAAGCUGAGGAAGAAGUUGAAGAAUGCGAGUUUGUUGGAAUACUUCCGUGCGAAGAAAUGGAAGUAGCGAUGGCUGAAGCAGUUACUCAUGAUAAUGUGUUAGAAACUGGACAAGUUGUUACAAGUACAACAGUUCAUCCGAGUAUAAAAGGACAAAUCAUUCAAACUCCACAGACACCUGUUCAAAAGCAACCACCAUCUGAUUUUUGGGUGACAAGUGUCGGAAGAUUUCGAUUUAGUUUCGAACAACUUCCAUCUCAACUUAAAAUGAUUCAUUCUUUACUGUCAUGCUUAGAUGAAGCCGUCGAGCCCGACGUUGAGUUUUUCGUAAUGAGCUCUAUGAAGUACCUCUGCCUUCAUUGUGAAGCUUUAAGUAAUGCUCGACGAGAACAUCGUGGAUUUUUAAUAUGGACUCAAGAGAAUCAAAUGGUUCCGAAACUCUGGGAACGACUCCGAUCAGAUUACAUUCAAGUUGGGGAGCUAGCCACUCAUCUAUUACUCCAUGCAAUGACCCUGCCAUGCGGAGAGGAAAUGUUUUGGAAAAUGGUUCACAGAGAUUUCACGUCACCGCAAUGGAAUGUGAGAUUUGAUGCAGUUGGAAAGGCUUAUGUGAUGGCUCAAAUGAUCAAGACAGCUCCUGUCAAAGCAAAUAAAGUGGUUCAAACUUGCUUGGCAGCAGUUUUCUAUCACUUUAUUGCUUCGUUACACGAUCCGAAUCCAUCCGUGGCUCAGAGAGCAAUUAUUGCUUUAAGAGCUAUGCCUAGACAUACUUUGAAGCUAAUGUGUAUGUGCUUCGAAUCACAAUUUGAUCAUUGCAUUGUGGACCGUCCGUUGAUCAUUCAUGCGAUCACAAUGAUGUCAAUUUUGCUCCCCGACCAGACUACUUUGACUUUCGACUUUUUUAUUCAAAGAUUUGAAACUCUGGUGUUGGAAAGUCAAUUGAGCAGUCAAACGGAGGAGAACAUUUUUGUGCAAGACCUAAUGCACACUGAUCCAAUGUCCGAACUCUACCAACGAAAAGUAUCAAAAGCAAGAUCCGCAAUCGAAAAUGCAAGUACAGCUCGAUCAAUAGUUCGUCAUCUAAAACAGUAUGACGGAAUGAAGCAUCAAUUAGCACAUCUACCAUCAGAUCCAGCAAAUGUGGCUGUAAACGACGACGUCUCCUCGCCGAACUCCUCUGUCACUGCCAACUACGGGCAUGGAGGUUACGGUAGACUCCGUGAAUUCACUGAUGAGGAGAGUAACAUGUGUCUUCUAUUCAAUCGAGUCGUUGAUAUGGAAAAUCCAGAACGACAUACCGUAUACCUAGUCGUUUCGCUUUUUGUCACAUUUCUUUCCAAUAAGAAUUCAACGCCCACCGAUGAGAAGGCAAAUGCAAAGAAACAAUCUCUAGUAUUUCGGCACUUUAACACAUUGCUGGGGUACAGUAGUACUGAAAAGUGCUUCACGAUUCCGCCAGCCAGGUUACGAAAAGCUGCCGUUUGCAAUGCUUUCAUUAGUGGACUCCCUGAAAUUUUGGACAUGAACUUGCAUACAGGAAACCAACUUCUUCCAACAGUUGCUCAACUUCUUAUUCACUUGCCAAGUCCUCAAAAACUGGCUUCUGACCAAAAUGUGACCAACUACUCCCUUGCACUUUUGACCCAGCAUACAAGACAUUUAUGGCUGCAGUCACUGAUUUUGAUACUUUAUAAGUACCGAUUCGAUCAACUUCCAGUCAGUGAAUAUAUUGUCAGGCUGAUUGGGAUUGUGGUGAAGACUUUACAAAACCAAGUCCACGAGUGCUCCGAUGCCGCCGAUCAAUCCGCAGAAAUAGACACGUGGGACGAGAUUGAAGACGACGACGUGGCAAGGGCGGAGCUGAUCCGACCGGAAAGUCUCACAGUGACAACAAUCCAAGAAGCAACACCAGCCGCUGAAGGAAUGGUUCAUAUUGGUGCAGUUUGUGUAAUGCAGCCAACGAUUGUGGAGCCGGAAGGAUUGGCUCCGGAGCCAUUGAUAGCAAGGAAACGAAGUACUGCUGUGCAAGAAGUGAGAAGGAAGAAAAGUGCAAUUGAAGUGGUUAAGAAAAGUUGUACUCUCCGAUGUGGACAUUGCAAUGAAGCCAUCGAGAUGUUCGACGAAGAAACCAUUUCUCUUUGUCUAAUAGCUCUCGAAACAUUUCUACACCGAGAACCUUCGAUGGCUGCUCCGAUUCUUUUCAAAAUACUUUAUACGGUUACCAGACUAAUUGACACUCCAAUGUACCCAUGGCAUUCAACCGAGAUGUUCGUACCAGCAAACUCUCGUUCAGUUGCAAAACAAAUGCUCCGUGUCUCUCUUCAUCAUCUCUCCACUUCCGCAAUUUGUCUUCAACUCUUCGACACAAAAAUCCCUAGACCUGACGCCUUCUGGUCAGUCGUCGCACUUUCGCUGGCUGACUUUCCCGAGUUGUCUCCGGUGUACUUCAUUCAGAUUUUGAUGGAAGAUCUGGAAGAAAGCUGGCCUGGAUCUGUGAAGCUUAUCAUGAAAAAUUUGGCAUUUUAUAUUGUUGAAAUACCAACUGAUAUGUAUAAUAAUCCAUGGAAAGAUCUCGUCGGCCAUCUGGAGACGUUUUUCAAACGAUAUCAUUCGGCAAUAUCUGCUGACAAUGGAAUCACACCAACACGUGCUGAAAUCGAAAAUGUGAUCAUUGUGAUGACUCACGUGUUCAAAGUUCAAACGUUCUCUUCAAGCAAGUCACCGGUCACUUUGGUUGAAGCAUUUGCAAGAUGGCUCUCCGAGUCACUUCACAGUGCAGAUGUAUCACUGGAAUCACUUCUUGGCGUCUGCACUGCUUGUAAUAGAGCCCUGAUUCGGGAACGCGACAAGCAAUGCAUCACAAGAGCUCUUGUCACAGAGCUAAUGCAAGCUAUCAAAUUCAAAGUAAAACUUCAUGAAUCCAACUACGUCACAAUUGCAAACAUGAUCCUUCAAGAUGCUGGAGAAGAUAUCGAAGUUCCUCUUUUAGAUGAUCAAUUCAAUACAGCUGCUUCUGAAGCAAUAAGACCAUUCCUUUUUGAAGUAUUGGACUUUAUUGCUGACUUACAUGUUAUUGCAAAAUUGAAAAAAGAAUCGAAUUCAGAUGCCCUCGGUGGUGAUCUGAAGGUUAAGUUGGCGGAAGCUAUAGCCGUUGAAAUGUCAAGAUCCAAUGCACGUGAUUGCCGUACAGUAAUCCGUUUCAUUCCAUGGCUCAUGUCUCCUCCUUCUGUCACACAAGCAGCUCCGAGUGCAUUUGCCGAUAGUGUCACCAAUGUCCGUGUGCUCUCCUGGCUCUUACUCGGUGCUCUACACGCCAAUCAUUCAUGCCUUCCAGUUCCAAUUGAAUGCUCUCAGCAUAUGGCUGAUUACAUUCAUUUUGUGCUGGCUGGAUUUGCCGAUCAAUCGAAGCAAUCCGUUGUACAUAUGUCAGCUCUAUUCCAUGCUUUCCAUCUAUGUCAACUAUGGACUGUCUAUUGUGAAAGAGCUGCAACUUACAGUUCUACAACUGCUUUUGCUCAUUUGGUUGAUUUCUGGGCUCGUGUAACUCCCGCUAUUCUACAACUUCUCAGUCAUUCAAAAGUGCUAGCCGACAUGGUCAACUUGCACUUUCUGAACACAAUCCAAGCUCUUCAACAAGUAAAUUCUGCUCUUCUCUGUCAACUUUACUCGAUGUGGGCACCCAUCCUGACUGCCUAUCACUCGCAAAUACCUAAUCAAUUAAGAAUGAAACUCGACUCUUGCCAAAAUCAGCCCUCCCUGGAAGCUCCGUUGGUGACGGAGUGGCUGAAGAAAGUGAGAUACAAGAUAUCGCAGGUCGAACUGCAAACCUCUGCUGCCUCGCCCUACUACACUGUCUAAAUGAUCAAUUCGAAACGUUACGGGUUCACACAACACACAAACAUCCUUCACAAUACGAUUUUCGGUGCUUUCAAAACAAAACAAUGAAUUUUUACUAUAAAUGGUUUCUCAAUUAUUAUUUUUCUACUUAUAUCAGGAAUUCAUUUGCAGUAAAUCUUUCGGGUGGAA